UUAAAACUUGGAGUAGUAUUUGAGUCGUUUGGUCGUUCGCGGUUCAGUUUUAUGCACAUACGAUCUGUGACUCGAGUUCCGACGUUCCGAGCUUGCUUAUUCAUAUGUAAUGUAGCUAUAUAGCAUACUGGUAACAUAAUUACACCAUUGCCUUGUACAUAAUAAACGUAGUAGUAGUAGUUGUUGGUAUUCUGUCAGUAUAAACGACAUUCAAGGCUGAAUUUUAGGUGUUUCCAGUUCAUUCUUUGUUCGGGUGUUAUAGCGUCGUUUCGUGUGUCGUAUUUAGUGAAAAUUUCGGUGCUUUUUUAGUGUUUAAAAAAAUGGCUGUUAAAUUAUAUAUUUUGGGCGCUGCUCUGAUCGCCAUCAGCUGUAUUUCAGUUGUCUCAUCUACGGAAUGUGAUUUGUUCACUUGGGGAAAGAAAGACACCAUAGAAGGUGCUGCACGCACGCUCUUAAAUCAAUGUCCAGCCAUAGUGACCUUUGGACAGGGCAAGGAAUACUGUUGCUAUGAUAUCCAUCGCGAUUCCUACUGCUGCGAUACGACUGAAAAAGUUAUCAAUGUAACUAUUAUUGUGAUAAUUGCUAUUAUUAUAAUAACAAUUGCGUUAUCGAUACUCAGCUGCAUAGGAUAUUUCCUUCGAUCAUUCUUCCGUUAAGAGCAAUUUUUCUAAUAAAUAUAAGCUUUUCGUCCACGUACAACCAUGUUUGUUGCUGAAAAAAAAAAUCAUACCUGUAAUUUAAGCCAAGUCUCAGUUAAAUUUUUUUACGCUUAAAUGUUGAUUAUUUUAAGAGUAUUUCUUGUAUAAUUUAUAUUUAUAUUUCCUUAUGUGGUAAGAUUCGUUUAAAUGCAUUUUUAUUCUCUUUUAUAUAUUUUUUUUUUGAACAAUAAAUCUGAAUUUUGUUAAAAAAUACAA